AUGCUACAAGCCCUCGCCUUCCUUCCUUCGAUGGCUUUAAAAGACUCGCAGACAACAACGAAAAAAAUCACGGAAGAACCGGAGUUCGAAAGGCCUAUUGGAAACCACACUUUCUUUCUUGGACGGGAGGCUGUAAUUGGAUGCGCUGUUAGCAAUCUGGGCAAGCAUAAGGUGGGCUGGCUCCGUGCCGAAGACCAGACGGUGCUGACGAUGCACGAUCGAGCGGUGCUGGGCCCGCGAUACACCGUGAACCUCGACGCGCCGCAGACGUGGCAGCUCCGCAUCAGACCGCUGCGGGCCGAAGACCGCGGCUGCUACAUGUGCCAGAUCAACACCCAGCCAACGAUGAUAUGGCAGAUCGGCUGCAUCGACGUCUUCGUGCCGCCGGACAUCAUCAGCGAUGAUACGUCAUCAGACGUCUCAGUGCAGGAGUUGGAGAAUGCGACGCUAAGCUGCAAAGCAACAGGUCACCCGCCGCCGAAAAUCACCUGGCGGCGAGAGGACCAUGAGCCCAUUCUGCUGAAAAAGCUACAAUCGCGGGAAUUCGAGAAAGUGGAAAGCUACGUGGGUAGCUCCUUGCCUUUAUUGCGGGUCGAUCGAAGGCAAAUGGGUACAUUCCUUUGCAUCGCGUCCAAUGAUGUGCCGCCUGCCGUUAGCAAAAGGAUAACUCUUCUGGUCAACUUUGCACCAACGGUGAAAGUGCCGAACCAGCUGUUGGGUGCCCCACUUGGUACUGAUGUCAAACUUAAGUGUUACGUGGAAGCUUAUCCAAACACUAUUAAUUACUGGAUCAAGAACAGAGGAGAAAUGCUAUUAGACGGUCCAAAAUACACGAUAAGAGAAGAGAAAACUUCGUACAAGGUAUCAAUGUGGCUUACUAUCAAGCAAUUCUCUAAAAGCGAUAUUGGCACCUACAAUUGUAUCAGUACAAACUCCCUAGGCAAAAGUGAAGGAACUCUUCGAUUAUACGAAAUCAAACUAAAUUCGCAAUCAGAAGAUUAUAAUAACCAAAUUAGUGUGGCUGGUGGGCUAACAGAGGUGGCAAAGGGGCUAUCAGAAGACCAACUUCCAUCAGAUAGGAUAUUAACACUGACAAUAUGCUGCCUAAUGUUAUCGAACAUGUUUAUG